AUGGGUAAUCAAAUAUCCACUGGUGCAUGCAAUGCUGCCAAUUUCUAUCUGAUUUUGGCGAAUCAAUCAUCUUCCUCGAGUCGACCCCUUCUUCCUCCUGCUUCCAGUCUCACUUUUGAAGGAGUGAUGAAGACAUACUUUUACAAGACCGGAAUGAAUCAAACAAACAAAUUGUUGGAGGCCAAUUAUUCUGUGGCCUUUGAUCAAAAACCAUCAUGGCUAUCUCCAAACCAAGUCCCACCAGCAUCUCAAGAAAUGCAUUUGGCUGUCGGAUUACAUAGCAGUGAGGACGGAAAGAAUGAAAGAAAUGACUUGAAUUUAGUGGUGGUUGUAGACAUUUCUGGAUCCAUGAGUAGUGGCUUUGAUGAAACCUCUUCCACAAAGGUCUCAGAAUCGUCCGAAAGAAGAAACAAGCUGCAAGUGGCUGCCGAGGUGUUGUGUCAAAUUAUUGACUCGUUACAAGAACACGAAAGAAUAGGAGUGGUUCUUUUCGAUGAUAAGGCUGAAAUCUUACAACCACUCACUCUGUGUUCACAACUUUCUCGUGACAUUUUGAAGAAGAAGAUUUGUGAAUUGAGGCCAAGAGGAGGAACCAAUUGGGAUAUUGGAAUGGCCGCUGCUAUUGAUUUAUUUUCUUGUUUGGAUAUGUUUCGAGAGGAUGAUGAAAGAGCUGCUUUCCAACCUCAGCAUUCGAAUCGAAUUGUUUUCCUUACCGAUGCUUGUCCCAACAUUGGAGGACCUGAGAGUAUUGACGUUUUGGCGAAAAGGGCUAACAUUGGUCCUUACAAAAUUUAUACUACCUACAUUGGAGUUGGCUUAGAUUUUAACUCUGAAAUUGUUCAUGAGUUGACAAAAAUCAGAGGAAGUAAUUAUUUCUCAGCCCAUUCCUCAGACGAAUUUAAAAAGAUCCUUAAUGAUGAUUUUAAUUAUCUUGUCACACCAUUAUGUUUUGAUGUCAAGCUCCGAAUGGAGAGUGAGGAUUUGGAAAUUGAGAAAGUAUUUGGAACUCCAUUCUCUGAUCAGUGCAGAGGAGAAUUAAUGAAAUUUGAAACUUGUAGUGCAGGACCGAAAGAUGAAGAGAAAGGAGUGAAUGGAGGAAUUGUAUUAAUUCGAGCAAAACCAAAGCAUGGUAGCUUCAGUAAUCUCAACAAGGAUGUUCAUGUUGAAUUUAUUUUGGAAUAUGAAACUUUGGACGGAAAGAAAAUAGUUGAGAAGAAGCCAUUAAUCAUUUCCAAACAAGAACUGGAGGAACCAAAGUGUGAAAAUUAUUAUGAAAAUUCAGGAGUAAGAAAGGCAAUUUUUUUGGUGAGAUAUGUCGAAUUGGUUCGAGAUUUACUGUCACACUAUAAAUCUUCUUCGUCCAAGGUGACAAUUCCAGACUCUUGGAUUGAAAAAUUGAAACAAUUACAAGAAUAUUAUGAGAAGGAGAGCCUGAUUCUUGCAGAUGAAAAUCUUGAGGAGGUUGGAACGGCCAUCCCAAAUUUAAUUUCGAUUGUUGAAAAGAUGAAUGAUUGA